GACAGCAGAGCCAGUAAAUAUCGCGCACAGACUCACUCUCCAGAUUCAGUGGAGCGACUAUAACGUGUAAAGCCACCGCAGCAAAACAAAACAAAACAAGAGGAUAUAAGAAUACCGAGCUUUGACUGGACACGUGUAUUUCUUCCUGAUCACCACUGGCGCGCGUUUUGGACUUUGGUAAUAAUCAGAACCAAAAUAAAAACAAACAAACCCAAAACAAACUAAAACAAAUAAAUAGCUGAGUGAUUGAGCACGCGCCCCGGACUGGACUCUUUUAACAUGACGGAGCUCUCCAGUCCUGAAUUUGAGAUCGACGUGGAGAGUCUGGAGACGGAGACGGCCGGAGAAGAGGAGUCGGGCUGCAGAGACGAGGAGGAGAAGGCGACCCACGCAAGCAACCCUGGAGCAGGCGACCAGAAAAAGCUAAGCCGCACUCCGAAAUGUGCCCGCUGCAGGAACCACGGCGUGGUGUCGUGUCUCAAAGGCCACAAGCGCUUCUGCAGGUGGAGAGACUGCCAGUGCGCCAACUGCCUGUUAGUGGUGGAGCGCCAGCGGGUCAUGGCCGCUCAGGUGGCCCUCAGGAGGCAACAAGCCACAGAGGAUAAGAAAGGAAUAACAGGGAAGCCAAUUCCAGCUGAGAGACGAACUAUCUAUCAAAGGCACAUGCGUCCUUCCACCAUACUGGCUAAAAGUAUCUUAGAAGGCUACCGCCCUGUCCAGUCUGACCCUUUCCUGGGCAUGAAUCCAGCUCUGCCACCACCUCUUAGUGACCGCAUGAGAAAAAGACGUGCUUUUGCUGACAAGGAGCUGGAGAGCAUCAUGCUAGAGCGGGAAUACAAGGAGAGGGAACUCCUCGAGUCCAACCAGUCGGCUUCCAACUCUUUGUUCAUACCAGGCAGCGUGGUGCAUGCUGCCGAGUACAACUCUUACAAGACGGCCUUUUCCUCAUCGUCUGCCCCCGCUGUAACGGCUGAAGCAUCGCCCAAGGAGCUGUGCAGCUUCCUCCCUGGCUGUCUGGACCUGCCACUUGGUUACAGAGCAGCCGGUGGGGCAGCCAACGUCGAGCUGAUUUCCUCCAACGUGAGCGUGGCUACCACUUACCGCCAGUACCCAUUAUCAUCCCGCUUUGUGAUGUGGCCGAGAGGCGGCAGCAACCUCGGCGAUGCUCUCCUGUACCAGCAGUGCCUUCUCAAUGCCACAGCAGUUCAGAACCUCAAACCGGGUGCCGUCUGGGACCCCAAAAUGAUGCCAUCAACUGAGAGCAACUCUCCCGAUCAGGAAUCUGCAGCUUCUGUGGCUUCUAGGCUGGAGGGUUCCCGUGUAGCCCCGGAACAGAGCGAACUACCAGCUGGAGAUGCUCAGACAGGACAGAACAUUAGGGAGCGCUCAGCGUUUUCACCCCCCAAGAAGGUUUUUGGACCAGCAUUUGCCAGUGGGCCACUCCCUCCUGGAGCUCACGAGCAUUUGUUGAACAAAAUAAGCAAAGAUAGCAGCAAGCACACGCUGUCUAUGAAGCUCAACUCCUUUCACUCUCUGAUCCAGCAGACUCUGAAUGAGAAGGGUGCUGAUCUGAGGAGCCCCUACUGUAAAGAUCUGCUGGAAGGGGCUACUAAGAGGUACAGGGACAGUGUACCAAAAGACUCAGCUGGCUUUAAAAACUCAGAGAGAGACAUGAUGGUCAAGCCGACAGGCACUAAGGUUUCUUCGAGUGAACCGUUGUCAUUUUCCGUGGAAGCCAUUUUAAAAAGGCCCUCGCUGCCCAUAAAUCGAUCAUCCCAGUAAGAGUACCUAUUAAAAAAAAAUCAAUCCCAAAUGUACUUAUGGACUAAGAUUUUCUGUAUACUGUGUAUUUAUUCUUAUUCUAAUUUUGCUGGAUGUGUUUGUAUGUGAGAGUAAAGACCUGGGUGAAUAUAGCACUCAUUUAUUCUUGAAAAGUAGUCUCUUUAACCCAUCUAAUUCUUGUGUAAAUAGCAAUGUAAAUAUUAUAGUCUGUGACACCAGCAUGUUGUAAAUGCAGUCUGUAGAGUAUUUAAAUGCAUUGCUAAUUUUUACGUGACAAUAAAAUUUAAUAAAAAAAACAAAAAACAAAACUCCAUAUGUUCAAUUUUAUCCUAAUUAGAAUACAAAUAUGUACACUAUGAUAUGUUAAAGCUCUCUUGGCAUGAAAAAUAAUUGGGUAAUUAAAUAUAAAUGAUAUGUUAAAAAAAUAAUAAAAAAUAAAAAUAUAUAUAAACUACAAAAAUAAUAUAUAUUAUUUGUAUAAAAGUGAGAUUCAUUUUGGAUCUCUUCAUAUACAAAAUACCUCACUUUUACGAUUGGUUUUAUUAUGUGUGGUAUAUCUUGUGUUUAAAAAUAAUUUUUUAAUGUCUUCUCAAACCUACACUGAAGUUUUAAAUCUUUUAAUGUAAAGCCAUGCAAUCUUUACCAUUAUUCACACUCAUGUCUGUGUAGCCAUCUAAUGUGUGUGUGUGUGUUUGUGUGUGUGUGAGACUGCAAUUAUUUACAAUAGUUAGUCUGCUGACACAGAACACCUGCUCUAGGCAUGAAUUAUGUGAAUAUGUAUCACAGAUGCCAUAAUCCCGUCUUUUUACGGAAACUUGAGACGGCCAUAAAUUGCGUAUGGUUUACAAUUCUGAAGUUUUUCUCUUUAAGAAACCUUUGAGCUUUCUGUUAGCUGAAAGGCACAUGUCCGAUCAGUGCUACAAGGUGAAGACCGUUGAUUCAAAAUAAAAUAAUUUACUCA